AAAUGGCCUCCACCUUCAAUCCCAGAGAGUGCAAACUGUCCAAACAAGAGGGGCAGAACUAUGGCUUCUUCCUACGCAUUGAGAAGGACACUGAUGGUCACUUGGUCCGGGUGAUUGAGAAGGAUAGCCCAGCGGAGAAGGCCGGGCUCCUGGACGGGGACAGAGUUCUCAGAAUCAAUGGUGUCUUUGUUGACAAGGAAGAGCACGCACAGGUGGUAGAUCUGGUCAGAAAGAGUGGGAAUUCAGUGACUUUGCUGGUUCUGGAUGGAGACUCCUAUGAGAAGGCUGUGAAAAAACAGGUGGACUUGAGAGAAUUGCAUCAAAGCCAGGAGCUGGCUUUGAAUGAUAAGAAACUGGGCCCUGUGAUGAAUGGAGCCGUGGAGAAGGGCACCCAACCACGGCUCUGCUACCUGGUGAAGGAGAACGGCAGCUUUGGCUUCUCUCUGAAAACUAUCCAAGGUAAAAAGGGUGUGUACCUGACCGACAUAAUACCUCAGGGCGUGGCCAUGAGAGCUGGCGUCCUGGCUGAUGACCACUUGAUCGAAGUGAAUGGAGAAAAUGUACAGAAUGCCAGCCAUGAGGAAGUGGUGGAAAAGGUGAAGAAGUCAGGAAGUCGCAUCAUGUUCCUCCUUGUGGACAAAGAAACUGCCAAGUGCCACUGUGAGCAGAAGACCCAAUUCAAGAGGGAGACAGCCAGUUUGAAACUGCUGCCCCACCAACCCCGGGUGGUGGUAAUCAAGAAGGGAAGCAAUGGCUACGGUUUCUAUCUGAAGGCAAGCCCUGAACGGAAAGGUCAAAUCAUCAAGGACGUAGAAGCUGGAAGCCCAGCAGAGGCAGCUGGCUUAAAGACCAAUGACUUGGUAGUUGCUGUCAAUGGCGAGCCUGUGGAAGCCCUGGAUCAUGACAGUGUGGUGGACAUGAUCAGAAAGGGUGGAGACCAGACAACGCUGUUGGUGGUGGACAAAGAGGCAGACAGCAUCUACAGACUGGCUCGCUUUUCUCCAUUUCUCUACUGCCAAAGUCAAGAACUGCCCAACGGUUCUGUCAAGGAAGGCCCAGCUCCCACCCCUGCUCCUCCGGAGGUCACAAGCUCAGACACUACAGAGGAUGCAGGCGAUCAGAAGCCCAAGCUCUGUAGGCUGACUAAAGAGGAUGACAGCUAUGGCUUUCACCUGAAUGCCAUUCAGGGUCAGCCAGGCUCCUUUAUCAAAGAGGUACAGCAGGGUAGCCCCGCCGACAAGGCUGGGCUGGAGGACGAGGACGUCAUCAUCGAAGUGAACGGGGAGAAUGUGCAGGACGAACCCUAUGAUGAAGUAGUGGACAGAAUCAAGAGCAGCGGGGAGCAUGUCACGCUCUUGGUCUGUGGGAAGAAUGCCUACAGCUACUUCCAAGCUAAGCAAAUCCCCAUGGUUUCCUCCAUGGCUGACCCGCUGGUCACCUGCCCUGACGGCAAAGGAGAAAUGUCAGCAGAGCUGGAGAAAGAACGAACUCUCAGCACAGCCUCACAGUCUUCUUCCAACUCUGAAGACACAGAGAUGUGACGAGAAUAAGCCGUGGUUUCCUCUUUCGGGUCCAGGAAGGCACUCUGCUGACUGUUGGGCCGCUGGAGUCCUCUGUCCCACAGGACUGUCUGCUGUUGUAAGGGCUUCUGUCGCAGGUGCCUUAUUUAUGCUCAGCUGAGGGAGGGAGCAAGUUAUUUCUACGUGAUGUCUUCCAAACCGUGACUUUCCAUUUCUGUUGAUGAACCCUCUUACUUCUGUAGGCUUGA